AUGUCAGGCGAACCUCCUCCAGCUGAUCCGAAUCAGCCGAAGCCGUCUGGAGAAGAAGAGAUUCCAUUACUCCAGAAGGUGCUGAAUGAUAAGGAAAGACUGUUUGAUAACGUCGAACUACCUCCGGGUAAGUCUCUGUUUAUUGUAGUAGCUACUGUAACACUAUAUUAGUCUUCUUGAGGCAAAUACCUUUAAAGAUGGAAUAGGAAAUUAUCAAUUUUGGUAUAAGGUUGCGAUAUACUGAUAGAAAAAAAUAUUUUUAAUGUAAAAGUCACCUUGAAUGAUUAAGUUUUUAUAAUGUCACUUCUUUAGUGCCUGAACCAACCUGGAGAAUCGGGUUAUUUGUCAUUGUGUACAUCCUGUAUGUUAUCAUAGUGGGUGCUGUAGGUGUGGUUUUGUUGUUCAACUCUCAUCUGGAAACGAUUGAUGACACCGGAAGACGAAACCUUGUAAGUCAUGUCUAACUCUUCUUACUGGUCAAAAAGUUUAUAGAAUUUCUCAUAGUUCUACAGAUACAAGCUUGUGCACAGCUUAAUAAGUAGUUUAACAGUACCAUCUCUUUUAACUAUGUAUAUUUUAUAAUCUUUACAGUAAUGUAACCUUACGGUAAUGUCGUUUUAUAGACUCAAUUGAUACUAGAACAUCUGGAUUGUAUAUACAAUGACAAUGUUAACUGGAUCUGCGGUAAAGAAGAGAUAUCGAGGACAGUAAACCCGAUAUUACAGUACGAUGAUAGACAGUGUACGGCCGAGAAUCGACAGACUAUGCAGUUUAUUGAUCAUGUCAAAGUUGGAACUGUAAGUUUAAAUUCUAAAUAGUCUUUUAUUUGUGUAUAACUAUUCUACACAGUGAUAUUGUUUUAGUUCAACUGGUCCGACUGGAGCCCGUGUAUGGCUGACAGCAACCAAUACAGUUUUAAACUGUUACCUAUUGAUGGAUACAUGGUAAACAGCUUUAAGUUGGCUCAAGGAAUGAUAAGAAAACGCACGUGCUAUCCGUGA